AUGAAAUCGACCUUUACAGCUGUGCAGCAGUGGGCUGAAGGGGCCAAGGAGAAUCCAGCAAGAUGGGCACAGAGACAAGACGAGUACCUAUUGUUUCGACGAACAAAGAUGAGGUUAGAAAGAGAUCACGAGCAUACUCAAAGAAAGAGCGGCAAGCAGCGAGCUACAGGCCUUCAGAGAUAUUCUCUAGAUGCCAACAGUCAUCAGCAUGGGACAACAAAUGCUUUGCCAAACAUGGCAGAGACGGCCGAUUCGGUGCACUGGCCAUCGCAAAAUAUGUUUUUGGAUUUGAACAUCGACAGCUCCGAUCCCUACCAAAUAUCAGAAGCAACAUAUGGAGAUGGGUGGAAUGGCGGCGUGGAAGACACGUUGGUGACGACGCAAGAGCCGCAGGUGCUUGCAGUACCGCGUUUGAAUCAAGAAGCACCGGACAUCGCAUCCGACUUCGGCCUUUAUCCCGACUAUCCCCAAGAUGCUUUGCCGCAGGAUAUUUAUGAGCCGCCGCAGCCUAUGUCGACAUUCCAAGAAUAUUGGGAUGGGGGAGAAGAUGCCAACCAACUGUUUCAGCUGCACACUGGAAAUUUGACCCAGAAUCCGAAUGUACAACACACAGAGGUCGACUUCAACGACCCCUUUUGGACGAAUGUAUUUGCCGCGAGCUGCGAUUCUGCGUUAAACAGCCAUACAAACACAUAUCAAGCGAAUGACAGCUGA